AUGCCGUCAAAGUCUAGGUUCACUCUUUUUCUAGGCUCGCUACUGUUGGCCAGUACUCAACUAAGAGUACACGCUGGACCAUCGCCAGGCAUCCAAAGGUGGGCAGCUUGGACAACCAGCUACAACAACAAGCAUGUGGUUCUAGCAGAGUCGCCGCCCCCUCCCAGCUCGCCUAGCUCAUAUGCUAUCCCUUCUCUGACACCAACCCCAUCUGUUUCUCAGACGUCUUCUCCGCCUCAGACAACCAAAAGCGAAAAGUCAUUCAACCCUUCCGACGUACCCACAGUGUGGCCCUCCUCCACAGCCGCUGCACAGAAACCCGGGGCAGCUUGCACCGAGGAAAGCCAAUGUAACGGCUCAAACACCCAAUGCGGUUGUUACGAGGCUCCGGCUUGUGAUGAAACUGCCCAGGUCUGCAAGUGCCUGGCCCUGCCCGCGACCACGCCUAAACCGACUUCCACCACAACGACACCGACAACAACACUAGCGAAGCACUGUACCCUGUGGUCACGUAAUGGGUUAAGGACAUGGAGAUCAAGAUAG